AACGUAAAACGCUAAAAAAUAAUACAUCACUAACUCAUGUGUCUAAGUAAGCUAAAGAUUGUGAAACUUCAGGAAGCAUACCUGAAAAUCUGAAAUUAGCGGAAGAAAGACUUUGAAUAGCUAUAUAGAAGAAUCAAGUAAUCCGAUAUGCUGAAUAGUAUUGAUCGACGAGACACACGUAUCGGAGUUAAAGGAUAGACUGGUAGUUUGGAGAUACACCUUCAAAUCAAGUCGGCCAAGUUGGAGUCUAGGUUUAGUGACGAAAUGUAUUUGAAUGGAGGUCAGAUCACAAGGGAUACCAAAAAAAGGGAGUUUCAAGUAUCUAGGGUUUAUAAUCCAAUAAACAGGGAGAUUAGCGAUGAUGGUGCUUAUUGUGUUAAGAGUGGGGUGGGUGGAAUGGAGUAUUGUGUGAUAAGAAUGUGUCACAAGGUAAGUUAUGUGGUGGUAACUGGUUAGACCUAUAUUGUUUGUACGAGGUGAAGGCCCAUCAAGAAAACACAUGUUCAGAAAAUGAAGGUAGCACAAAGGGAGAUGUGCAUAGGAGUGGCAGGAAGAGGAAUAGAGUUAUACAUGACAAGGUGGAGUGACCUGUAUGUUGGAUAAAAUGAGAGAAGUGAGAUUGAGGUGGUUUGGACAUGUGAAGAGGAGGUGCGCGAGGCAGUAAGGAGGCGUAAACGUUUGAUUAUAGCCCAGAGAAGAAAUGGGAAGAUGUAAUUAAACAAGACAUGGCACAUCGUACUGAUGGCACGAUGCUAGAUUGAAAGGUAUGGAGGUCCAGGAUUAGAGUAGAAGGGUAGUACUACUUUUACGUGGGAGAGGCAGGGAGCUAAUCUCCUCUUCUCCUUUGUUACCAGUAUUACCUAGUAUUCACAUAGUAUCCUAUCCUUCCAUUUUGGUAUUAUUUCUUACAUUAUUUUCUGUGUUUAUCCUGCUAUUUUGCUGUCAUUAUUUUUCUUUUAGCUCUACUUUGAUUACACUUCUUUUGAGGUUUUAUUGGAAACAACCUCUCUAGCCAUCAAAGGUAGUAAGGUGUGGUAAAUUUCACCCUUCCCGCAUCCCACUUACUGGAUUACACUGGGCAUGCUAUUGUUGUUGUUUGAGGUGAAGAAUGUUGACUCUCUCUAAAAUGUGUACUUGCAAGCAAGAGAGCUACUUAUUUUAGUAAAAGUCUAUUUCAGUUUGCUAUAUGCUUAUGGUUUAUGUUUUACAUAUUAAAUAAAUUACUGUAGCUCUGGUAGAUUCUUGAUGUGUUGUUGUUUGAUUGAAUUGAACCAUAUUGUCUUCUUUUCUAAGAAAAGCAUAUAUGAUAGGGAGUGGGGUUAGGAAAUACAUUGCAAUUUGCUCGGGGAGUAAGUUAUCAUUCUCAAAAAAAAAAGUACAUUGCAAUUUGCCAGGGGAGUAAAAGACUGGACCUUUUUUUCCUGUUGUAAAAGACUGGAUUUCGUUCUAUUGGGGUGCUGGACCAGACAUCACAUUUAUCAAUAAGUAGAAGUUUGGCUUCAGUGUACCUCAUAGUCUGCUCACAUUUCUAUAUGAUGGAACUAUAAUGUUUGUUCCACUUUAAGGCGAAAAUGUAGUCGAUUAUGGACAAAGGAGUCUUCUUAGAUGCUUGUAACUGCCGGGAUCAAGGUCAAGCCCGAGGCACUUAUAUAUAUUCAGAUAAAUGAACAAUGUGGUUUCUGAAUAGUUGUGAGAUGAAUAUGUAUGCAAAACAAACAAGUUGUGUUUUGAACGAAGACCACUUGAGUGGACUACCAGAUGACAUCCUCAUCCAUAUUCUCUCCUUAUUGCCAUUAAAGGAUGCUGUCAAAGGAAUCUGUAACGCAAGUAGAAGAUUUCAUAAGCUCUGGCCAUUCAUCCACACACUCAAUUUUGAUCAAUGCAUGUUUCCAGAACAUGACUGUAACUAUUAUUUGGAAGCUAGUCGUCCCGACUAUGACGAAAGUUUUUUGCACUCCGUUCGUCACGUGCUUCUUCGUAGUAAAAGCCCAACUAUUCUUAAGUUCUGCCUUAAGUUUCAUUUUAGAUUGUCUUAUUCAUUUUGGCAAAGAAUAUCCAACAGCACAGACAUACGGCUGUAUGAUUUCCUGAGGAGUGAGAAAAGGAUGGCUAACGAAAUUGGUACCUGGAUCCAGUUCGCAUUGAAUAAAAAUUUGGAGGUCCUUGACUUGUCUUUCUCUGAGCAUGGUAUAGUUGGGCCACAGGCUCUUUAUGAUCUGCCUAAUUGUGUUCUAAACAGUCCUCAUUUGGUUGAACUCCGGUUGACACACUGUACGAUAAAUGCAAAAAAGAAAAGUAAGCUGAAGUCUCUAAAAACAUUGUAUCUUAAUAAAGUUGUGCUAAUGGGUCAAUCGAUAGAUUAUAUUCUAUCUGGUUGCCCGAUGCUUGAGGAAUUGACAUUGCAGCUUUGCUAUGGCCAUAUAAGAGUGGUUGUGCUCAAUUCAAAUUUAAAGACAUUGAAGCUUGACAUUGGAUGGUCUCUAAGAAGGAUAUAUGUCUCCUGUCCAACUCUCCUAUCAUUAGAUGUGUCUGGAGCUGUGGAUGUGCUGGAUAUUGCAAAUGUAGCAUCUAUUGCUGAAGUGUCUGUCAAACGCAAUCUGAUAUUUGAUUUCGAUGUGCACAAGGAUUACCAAGGGAUAAGAAUAUUACUCCAAACAUUUACCGGGACCAAAACUCUCAAUCUAUGUUCCUGGUUUGCUCUGGUAUUUUCUGCGUGGCAGUUGAAAAAUCUACCAUCUCCGACCUUCAGCUGCAAAUCCCUUCAUCUUAAAUCGGAUUUUAUGAUAUGGAAUCUACCAGGAAUACUGAACUUGCUGAAGCACUGUCCUUGCUUGGAGAAUCUUACCAUUGAAAUUACUUCUUCUCACAAUGAAUUUACAUCCCAUAAACAAUUAUCGUGGUAUCGCCUAUAUAAGUUUGACGCGGAUGAAUACUGGAACAUGGUAGAUGCUCCUGUCCAGUGCUUGAUUCAUCACCUCAAGACGGUGGAGGUAGCUGGUUUCGUAGAGAAGCAUCUUGUGAUUCAGUUUUUGGAAUAUUUGCUCAGGCAUUCCAUGGUGUUAAAGAAAAUGAAGAUAUUUGCAGAAAAGCAAACCGCUAAAUAUUAUGAAGAGAGGCUAUUGAAUAUACCAAAAGCCUCUGCCUCUGCUGCAGUGCUCUUCUACUGAGGUGAACCCUUAGUAGAUACUUUUAGUUCGAACAGUUUGUUUCUGGGAACUCUUUUGGAAUAAACAGUUAGUUGUUAUUGGUCUGUGCACAAUGAAUUGCAAUGUGGACACAGUUUCCUCCAUUUUCUGUAAUAACUGUUGAAGUGCUAUCUUGUUGGAUGUUUAGUGUCUGUGAAAUUGCAUUUAUGGAAAGGCAGAUUGAUGGGCCUUCUAUUAGUUA